UAUCCGCUGCUGUAAAGAUUGCAAAUGGCUUUCAGGCUCCUCAGUCCAAUAACACUUGCUACUUCCGUAGCUGCACUGGUUUCAACCGUGUGGAACGGGACGUCAUACGCUUGCAAAUGCUACCAUGACGAUGCCUGCUGGCCCACCAGAGAUGAAUGGUCCAAACUGAAUUCCAGUGUUGCCGGUCGACUCGUGGUUGACGUUCCUCCUGGCAGCGUGUGUCACGAUACCUUCGAAGGUCCGCUUGGCACAUUGCAUACAUAUAAUGCAGCACAAUGCACCAAUGUUUCGACACUAUUCUAUGAAGAGCAAUGGACGACCGAUCAGCCUGCAGCCGAGCUUUGGACUUAUUACACGAACGAAACCUGCCGACCGACGACUGACCCAAGCGAUCCGUGUACGUUGGGCUUCUAUGGAGUAUAUGUGAUACUGGCUACUGAGUAUGAACAUAUCAAGGCUGGUAUUGAUUUUGCACGGGAACACCAGCUCAGACUCAUCGUACGAAAUACGGGACACGAUUUCCUUGGCCGCAGUACCGGAUGGGGAGCGCUCGUCAUAAACACCCACAGCUUCCAAAAUGCCACAUUUUCGGUGAAUUAUGAAGGACCUGGAAACUACACGGGUCCAUCCGUGCGCGUGGGAGCCGGCGUCCAAGGACGUCAAUUGCUCAGACAGGCCAACGCUGAGAACCCGCCUCUGGCACUUGUGGUCGGAGAAUGUCCAACAGUUGGGCCAUCUGGUGGUUUUAUCCAGGGCGGCGGUCAUGGCCCAAUGACCACGAUGUAUGGGCUCGCCGCAGAUAAUGUCUUGGAGUUCGAGGUACUCACGGCCGACGGUGAGUACAAGGUCGCAAAUUCAGAGUCGAAUAUAGAUCUCUUUUGGGCUCUGAGAGGCGGUGGGCCUGCAGCCUACGCCGUCAUCUUGUCGACCACAUUCAGGGCUUACGAGGACGUGCCGUCCAGUGGAGCCAUUUUGAAUAUCAAUUCGACCCAUACCACGAACGAGACACUCUUCUGGGAAGCUGUGUCUAUAUUUCUGGGUUACUCGAACCACUUCGUGGACAGUGGUCUGUACGUGUACUACGAGCUUACGGACUUGAGGCUCCACAUCCAGCCUUUUGUAGCCAUCAAUCAAACGACCGAGCAGCUCGAUACGAUCCUCCAGCCAUUGUUCGAUGACCUGAACUCCAUAGGCCUGUCAAACUAUUUCACAACAACAAAAGGCUUCGAUACGCUCUUUGAUCUCUACAUUGAUCUCUUCGAGGAUGAAGAGGCCGGCGUCUCGGCGGUCACAGGCGGAUGGGCGUUCGCACACGAGGAUGUCGCCAACAAUAAUGACGGCAUUGCUGCCGCGUUCCAGAACGCCAUCGCGUACGGAGCUGGCAUUAUUGGGCAUAUCUGGGACCCAGGGCACAACAUGCCCAUUCCGAACAGCGCCACCAACCCGCGCUUCCGCAAUACAAGCGACUUCGCCAUCAUCGCCCUGUCCGUGGCCACAAACGCAACCUGGGAGGAGAAGGAGGCUGCCCAGGCGUUGAUGACAUACAAUCUCGAUCAGGCAUUCAGAGAGGCUGGACCAAAUGGGUGUGGAUAUGUCAAUGAGGGAGACCCAAACCAACCUGACUGGCAAACACACUUCUACGGGACCAAUUACCCGGAGCUUUUGACCAUUCGACAGAAAUGGGAUCCCACUGGUGUAUUCUACUCGAUCGCAACGCCUGGAACCGAAGAUUGGGAAGUCAUAGAUUAUGGGACCCGGCUGUGCAAGAGAGUUGAUUGAAACUUGGUUCCAGUCUCGCCGCUCGUGAGUUCAUUGGAAGAGACACGAUGCUUCUAAGUAUUUUGUAAUAUUUCGCGGCAAACCUCAAGUACAUGAUAACAUCGAAGAG